AUGCAUGUUGAAGCGACACUAUCAACCCAUUGUGGGGAACCAGCAAUUUCCUUCGCCCGCGACGCCAUUGAAGCUGUAGCCCAACCGUUCCAAUUUGCUCUCGUGGGCAAGUUCUCUCGCACCAGACCUGCCAUGGCAGAUAUCAGAAAAUUCUUCCUGUCACUGGACUUAAAGGGUUCUUACUCCUUUGACCUGCUGGAUGGCCGACAUGUUUUGAUUAGACUCCAUAAUGAGGCAGAUUUCAUGCGAAUUUGGACGCGAAAUGUCUGGUAUAUCCACGGAAGUGUGAUGCGCGUAUUUAAAUGGACGACUUCCUUCCACAUAGACAAGGAAUCCUCGCUAACUCCUGUCUGGUUUGGCCUUCCCAAACUUCCGGUUCAUUUAUUCGAUAAGCAAUGUUUAUUUCAGAUUGUAUCGUGUCUGGGGCGUCCUCUGUUCAUCGAUACUGCGAUCGCCGCUCUGUCUAGACCGAGUGUAGCUCGGGUGUGCGUUGAAAUUGAUUUACUGAAGGAGCUUCCUUCCCGUAUUUGGAUUCAACUUGGAGAUGUCCAUGGGUUUUGGCAGCCGCUUAACCCAGAAACCGUGCCGAAAUAUUAUAGCCACUGCUUUCGUCAAGGCCACAGCCAGUCCGAGUGCCAUGUCAAAAACCCAGAGCUGCACCCAGUUCGUGGGGAGAAGAAAGUACCGGAUGAGGGGAAGGGGCUGCCAUCACGCGAUGGGGGAAAUAAUCCUGCGGGGAGUGAGGACCUUGUUGGGCAGCCUGCGAUGGAGGACACUGGUGGGGCAACGCUGGAUGAUGGGUGUGAGGGAGAGGAGGUACGACAGGGGCUGGACAGCAUGGGUACGGCUGUCGAACUGGUGGAGAAUGCAAUUGUUGCAGCGGCUGAUACGAUCAUCAUAGACCUUGCUACGCGGGUGGUUUGUGAAGAGGAGAACGUGGGUGCUGCUGGGGCAGUCUUAAGUGACGGUCCAGCUGCCCUUGGAGAGGAAGAGGACGAGGAGGUGCAAACGGGUGUCUCUACUGGCAGUAUCACUAGUGCAGGCUGUCUUUCGCCGCGGGGGUUAGGUGGGCAGCACAGUAGGGGGGUGGAGUCACGUGAUGUGACUGAGAACUUGCACCUUGACCAAGUCUCCACCCUCGAUCCUAGGUUUCAAAAGGUGAAGGGGCGAGGAAUUCGGGCCACGAUCCCAUCGGAUAGAGAACUGAGGGUCCCCUUUGUUAGUCAGCUAGUUGGGGAGUCGGAUCAACACCUCUCUAUUCGCUGGGCACAUCCUCAGUUCCCUACUCCUAUUCUAGUCUCUUUUGUUCAUGCGCAAUGUCUGAUGUCUGACCGGCAACGGCUCUGGGAGGGCCUAUUGCGGGAUAGGCCAGGGCAAGGGCCAUGGUACGUUGUUGGGGAUUUCAAUCUUAUUCUCUCAGCCAGUGAAAAGAAAGGGGGGAGGCACUUUAGGCCCGGGGAGGGAGUUGAACUGUCUCGGUUUAUGAGUGACGGUGGGUUGUUUGAUGCUGGUUUCUCUGGUCAUAGUUUCACUUGGUGUAAUAAUAGAUUCGGGCGUGCCUGCAUUUGGAAACGUCUGGAUAGACUUUUAAUCAAUGAGGAGUGUCUAAAUUUCUCCUUGUCUAUUUCUGUAUCCCACUUGGUGCGGGCUCCAUCUGAUCAUGCCCCGCUGUUGCUAUCUUUCAUUCCUAAACCCACCCCCCGGUGUCGUUCUUUCCGAUUUUUGAACGUGUGGCCUUCUAAGGUGGGAUUUCUGGAUGUGGUAAGGACAGCAUGGCAAAUUGAGGUGUCCGGUUCCCCUUUCUGUGUGGUCUGGGGGAAGUUAAAGAAUGUAUCCCGUGCCCUGCACUUAUGGAACAAGCAGGUAUUUGGCGAUAUCUUUGAGAAUAUUAAACAGGGAGAGGCGGUGGUAGCGGCGGCUGAGCUUAGGGUACAGUCUAACCUAUCCAUUGAGGCCCAUUUGGAGGUUCAACGGGCCCAGGCCUCUCUGCAUAGGCUACUUGCUGUUGAAGAGCAGUUCUGGAGCCAGAAAGCUAGGGUUAAGUGGUUGCAACAUGGGGAUCGUAACUCCAGGUAUUUUCAUUCGGUAGUCAAGCAACACCGUUUUCGAGCGACAAUUCAUAGGAUAUAG